GCCAGCCCUAAUAAAGGAUUAUAAGGCGCCAUAAUUACACCACCUCUAUGAUUUUAAAAUUUUCUUCCAACUUAACCAAAAAUCUCGUCCUCCUUAAAAAACAGAGAGAUGACUUAGAUUUAUUUUUAACAUUAUUUCACGGAUCAUCCGACCCUUUUAUUUUUAAUCUAACAACAUUUCCCGUGUUUCAUUCCAAUUAAACCCCCUUUCCAAAUUUAUCAUAAACCUCUGCUCAUUUUAUAAAUAACAUCGAAAUAAUUCACAGGAUUGAAACAUUCUCUUAACAAAUAACAAUGGUGGGUUUUAUUAUCAAGAAAACCAUUUUCUUGAUUUUCUCUCUCCUCCUUUUUACGCUUUCUUUCUCCUCCCCUCUUCUUCCGACGCUUCCUGAUGUCUAUUUUUCUGACGAGGAUUCUUUCUCUGGCGUCGGGAUUCCUCUGGGUAAGUGGAGUUUACUUCAGAAAAGCGUCGGAAUUUCUGCAAUGCACAUGCAACUUUUAAACAAUGAUCAGAUUGUGAUAUUCGAUCGUACUGAUUUUGGGCCGUCUAAUCUCUCUCUUCCCGCCGGAAAAUGCGUCUCAGACGAUUGCACAGCGCAUUCGAUACUCUACGACGUCGCUUUGAAUACAUUCCGCCCUCUCACGGUGGUUUCCGACACAUGGUGCUCCUCCGGGUCGGUGGACCCCACUGGGAAAUUAAUCCAAACCGGGGGGUACGCGCAGGGUGAGCGUGUCAUUCGCACGUUCACCCCGUGCUCACGACCCUCGGGUGUAGUCGUCCCGUGCGAUUGGGAGGAGCUCGAAGUCUCUCUCUCCUCCCGAAGAUGGUAUGCGUCGAAUGUUCUCUUACCCGACGGCCGCGUAAUCAUCGUAGGCGGCCGUGGGUCCCACAACUACGAGUUCUUCCCUAAACCACCGGGUCAACUUGGCGGGAGAUUCCCCCUCCAAUUCUUGUUUGACACGUGGGAUGGUCGUAACAAGGAGAACAACCUCUACCCUUUCUUGCACCUCCUCCCUAAUGGCAACCUCUUCAUCUUCGCCAACAACAGGUCAAUAGAAUUCGAUUACGUCACCGGACACGUCAUCAGAAAGUUUCCGAUUAUGCCCUCGUUAGCGAGACGGAAUUACCCUUCCACCGGCUCCUCCGUCCUCCUCCCGAUCGCCGGAAACUCCUCGUCACCCGACAUCGAAAUCUUGAUCUGCGGCGGCGCAAGGCCGGAGUCCUAUGACUUGGCCAAGAACAAGAGUGUCUACGUGGCAGCAGCACAGUCCUGCGGGCGUAUGGUAAUCACUGACAGUAGCCCACACUGGAUCAUGGAGAAGCUCCCUAUGCCACGUGUCAUGCCGGAUAUGAUAAUGUUACCCACAGGUGACGUACUCAUCAUCAACGGCGCAGGGAAUGGGACCGCCGGUUGGGAAAACGCGGAUAACCCGGUUUUAAACCCGGUUUUGUACAGAACCUAUGAACCCGACCCGACCCGGAGGUUCGUUGUUCUAAACCCGACAAAAAUACCCCGCAUGUAUCACUCCUCUGCAGUGCUUGUAUCUGAUGGGAGGGUCAUCAUUGGCGGGUCAAACCCGCAUGUAAAUUACAAUUUUACCCCUGGUGUAAGAUUUCCGACGGAGUUGAGCCUAGAAUCAUUCUCACCACCGUACCUUGACCAGCAAUACGCCGUGUUACGACCGUCAAUCUUGGCCGUUGAAACGGAGAGCAUGGUAGUAACGUACGGUCAGAUGGUGUCAGUGACGUACGUGUUGGGGAUGUACAAAAGAGAAGAGGCAGAGGGAAAUGGAGGUGGUAGUAGUAGUAGUAGUGUUAAGGUGACGAUGGUGCUACCGCCUUUUACGACACAUUCCUUUGGGAUGAACCAGAGGUUGUUGGUGUUAGGGGAGGAGAGAGUGGAACAGCUAUCGACGUAUGCGUAUAAGGUUACGGCGAGGGUGGCCGAGAGUGUGAAUGUAGCACCACCAGGGUAUUACUUGUUGUUUGUGGUUCAUUCUGGGGUUCCUAGUCGUGGUGUUUGGGUUCAACUUAAACGUCCUAGUUCUUGAUGAAUGGUGGUGGAGUAGCUUAAUUAGUGAUUGUUUUAUACUUUUAUUAGGGGAUGGGCAAUUCUUUGGUUUGUUAAAUCAAUGUCAUUUGUAAAAGUGAUUGAUCUGGAUAAAUGAAUAUUGGUAAACUAGUUUAGCUAUA